GACGUCACGGCUCAUGUGCUCAGUUAUGACAUCAUAGCACGGUUCCUAUAGUUAGUGACUACAAAUAAAUGCAGUAAUAUGUUGUGUUUAACCUAAAAAAAUUUAGUUUUCGUGUUUACGAAAUACAAUGUUUUCUUAAAUAGCACGGUAUAUACACACGAAUAUGGUGUCAAAUCAAGAUAAAUGGAUUAGAAUAUUCGAUAUACCUGAAACUUGCAAGCACAAGAACGGAUUUACUAUAUACAAAGUCAUUUCAAUGCUUUAUCCGGAAUCAUGUCCUGAUGCAAUAACCAAAGUAACUGUGUGGAAAAGGUUCAACGAUUUCAAAAAACUGCACAGAGAAAUUAAAGCUCUGCACAAGAAACUAAAUAUAACUAGUAAAGUUCCCAAUCUUCCUAGUUCUUCACUGUUUAAAAGAUUUGAUGAUGAAACUAUCAAGGAAAGAAAACAAAACAUAUUAAAUUUACUAGAAUAUGUUGGGUCACGGCCUCAAUUGUUUAAAUCCAAUGAGUUUGUAAAAUUUUUUGAGAUAAGUCACACACCAAUUGAUAAUUUAAAUGGAAAUAUUAACCUAAUUCGAGCUGACUUAAAUUUACCAGAAGAGGAUUUUUUCACAAAUCACAAUUCAGAUGAUGAACACACUAUUAGUGAUACUGAUUCUGUGGCGACCUUAAGCAGUUUAAGUCCAUCUGUGCAAAAUCUUGAAGUAACAGAGCCAUAUAAUGUUGGCAAACUUAAAAAACUUCACACAAACACAACAAUAAGUUCCAGACAUUCUGAUACUGCCAGUAUUGGAACAACUACAGACAAUAUAGUACUGAUAGAUGGGCAGAUUUAUCCAACUACACAUCACACCUCAACUUCUUCAUUAGCAACUGAUGUUGCACAAUAUAUUAUUGAUGCUUCAAUUCAUAUUAAUAUGGCUUUGGAGUUGGAGAAUAAUAAGAAAUAUGAAGAAGCUUUUGUGGCUUAUAAGACUGCAAUUGAUAUUCUUAUCAAUUAUGGAAAAGAUGACACAAACUAUGAUAGAAAGCAGUUAGUUCGAUACAAGACGGAGAAGUAUUUGGUCCAAGCUGAGAGAAUUUAUAACAUGUAUCUCGCAGAAGAGGUGAAACAUUUACAACAAAUAGAAGAAAUACCGGAACAACCGUCAGUGAAACGCCCUUUAUUCGAUUUGUACAAAUACAAAGUUAUUAAAGUUAUUGGUAAUGGAAUGAUAGUCCUCCACUCAGAUAUUCAGCAAUUGUUUUAUGUUAAGGUUAUACAUAAGACAAUGCAAUUUUUAAACGAUCAUUUAAUAUUACCUGAAAAUGUGCCUUAUAUGGUUAAACUUUACAACCAUUUUAAUUGCGAAAACGCUUUGUUUUUAAUUUUGGAAUUUUGUAGUGGUACUUUGUUAGCUGAUUACUUGGCUCAACAAUUUAAUUCGAAAGAAUUCCACAAGAAAGAUGACGAAAUCUUAAAACAGAUUCAGGAGAUAUCCGAUAAUGAAUCGGAAAGUAGUUAUUCAGAACUAAUCAACGAAUACACUAAUUCUAAAAACUCCAGUCAGCAUACAAAAGUUAAUGAAUAUGCAGAAAGGGAAAUCAAUAGUAGUGACGAAUUUGUCAAGGUCGACAAAGAUUUAUUCCUUCCCACUCAUAAAACAAUACCAAAAAAUCUCAUGGACGAACCAAUACCGGGAAACAUGGCACAAUUGUUAACUUCUGUCAAAUUAACCCAAACAGAUUCCACGGAAAACAGUCACAGUGAAGGGACAACAAAUACGGAAAAUUUAAUAGAGCAAGCUUCAAAUGUUACUAAACAUGUCGUAGAUGAAACUGAUACUAGUUUUGUAAUUCCGGAGAAAUUUGCAGUGCGAUGGGCGGCCCAAUUGUUGCUUGCCUUAGAAAAACUCCAUACCUUGGGAAUUACCUGCAGAGAUCUCCAGAUGAAAAAUCUUCUAGUGGAUGAAGCUGGAGAUUUGAAAUUAACUUAUAUGUGCAAUGUCAACGAAUUAUAUGAUCUCUAUACUAACAAAUUGAAUAUCAAUCUGGCACCAGAGAUAUAUAGCUAUCAUGUUGUUACGGAUGCCGCUGAUUGGUGGAGUUUUGGUGCCAUUUUGUAUGAAUUGCUUGUUGGAAUGCCUUUAAGUGAGGUACAUCCAAAUGGAUUAACGAGCUAUACACAUUUAAAAAUGCCAAAGUAUGUGUCCGCAGAAGCAAGAUCUCUCUUAAAACAGUUAUUGUGCUAUGAACCAAAGGAUCGGCUAGGAUCUGCUCCCAAUGGAAUUGAAUAUAUUAAGUCUCACCCAUUUUUUAAUUCUGUAUCCUGGGAUUCUCUACAGAAAAGUACAAAAUUUAAUUAAAAUUCCUAAUUGCCUUCAAUGAACAGAAUAAUUAUAGUACCCACUAACCACAAUUUAAGUGUAUAUUGUGGCAAUUAAAUAUUUUAUAUCUAUUGAUAAAAUCAGUGACCAAAAAAAUCGAAAGCUUUAAUAUAAUCCAAAUACUGUGUGAUCAGAUAUGUUUGAAGGAAACACCUACUUUCAGAGGUAAAGGUCGUAUUCAUUGAUCAUUGAGUAACACUAACGUCUUGUCAUUUAUGAUACCGCAUUUCAGAUUUCAUGCCGUUACUGCGUUUUUGUCUCCUCUGGUUAUGUAAAAUCUUGCUUGUCUCCGCCAAUGGUAUCCAAAAUACUUGAGAAUGACUUGACAAUAUUUUAUUUUUUUAAGGUGUGCAACAUAGUCAGACAUUUUUGAUGGCUCAGUAUAUUCGCAUUAAGAGAUGUGUGCAUGUGUACUUAAGGGCAUUAUUGCUAGAAUCAGUAUUUGUUGAAUUAUGUAUAGAUACCCAUUGUAGAAAUGUCAAUUAAAUAUCUGUUCACCUUUUGUUAAACUUUAGCCGGACAAAUGUGCCUGGUGUUAGUGUUACUUAACAGAAACCUAGUGAGGGCAACUUUUUAAAUACUGUUACCGGAACAUCCUGUGGUGAGAAACUUUUCUAAUCACUCGACCUCCGAAGAUCUUGUUUUCCUAACCAUUGGUAUUGUUAACAUACGUUAAAAUACAUAAAGAUAUUAAACCAAAGACUAAUGAUUUAAAAUUUUAUUUACAAUUUUUGGAAACUCGAUGUUAGGAAAGAAAACGACCUUCUGGCUGAUUAAUGUUUUUGCAAGCGAUUUGUCGGCACUAACUCACUAAUUACCAAUUAUUUGUGAAUAUUUAAUUUACAUGAACUGCACUGUACAUUCCACUAAAUAUAUAUUUUUCUAAUA